AUGGCCUUAGCUUCUCGUAAGCUUUCUGUUGCGCUGGCAUGUGUACUGCACUACUGCUGCUGUUGGUGCCGGCGGCGUGCCAUGGCCUGGAGGUGGGUUGCUACAAAGAAUACAUGCCCCCGCGUGGUGGCCAUCGUGAGGGACGAGGUCAAGAAGUUCGUCUACAAGAAUGUCCUCGCGCACAAAGUGUUGUUCACGUCGGACACCACCCUUCUUACAACGCUGGCGACGACGCAGAUGGUGCGCGACAGUACCAACAUCCCCAGGCAGUGGGAGCAGAAGUUUAACAAGGCCACGGUCAAGAUGGGAGCCAUCGAAGUGAAGACCGGCUACCAAGGCAAAAUCAGGAGGAAGUGCAGGGUUGUCGACCACUGA